CAAUACCAACCAGUUUGCAAACAGGGUGGGUUGAGCGUUACCAAGGCUCGUACGACGUCAAGUAUAAAGGGAAUAUCAUGGUGCCCAAGUGGCCAUGAAUGUUUACGUUAAGAAAAGACAACGAGAAGACGGCUUGGUGACGAACUAGCUCAAGAAAUUACUUUUGAGCGCUGUUUUGUCACCACUUCCAUUGUAUUCACUCUAGGGUUUGGUAUGUGAAUGCCUCUUCACUGAUGAGACACUUUUACCAAUGGAAAAGGGGUUUCAGUUAGGAAACGUGGGCAUUUCUCUGGUGCUCCUGUUGUUGCUUCGAGCUCUGACUGGGACUUCUGCAACUCAAGCUUCCAUCGACAAGGACACAGAAACGGCGACCGACGAUGGAGUUACGGAGCGGGCCCUGGAAAGCGUUACCACCCCAGGAUAUGGGGACGUGACUGUUGAAGAUGACGAGAAUAGUGCGAAUGGAGAAACCGAGGAGGCACCUGGGGACAGCGAUGGAAGCUUCGACCACAAAAGGUCUUUGGUGAUCAUCAGUACUCUGGACGGCCGCAUCUCCGCUCUGGAUCCACACAAUCGGGGCCAAAAGCAGUGGGAUCUGGACGUGGGCUCCGGCUGUCUGGUCUCCUCCAGUCUCAGCAAACGAGAGGUGUUUAACAAGGUGAUGAUCCCGUCUCUGGACGGGGCGUUAUUCCAGUGGAAUCGCGAGCGGGAGACGAUGGAGGCCGUGCCCUUCACCGUGGAGUCUCUGCUGGACUCGUCCUACCGCUUUGGGGAUGACUCCGUGCUGGUGGGGGGCAAAUCGCUCACCACCUACGGCCUGGGAGCCUACUCUGGAAAGCUGCAGUACAUCUGCUCAGCCGUGGGCUGCAGUCGCUGGGCUGGAGAGGAGACUGAGCCUGAGGACGUGCUUCUCCUCCAGAGGACCCAGAAGACCGUCCGAGCCGUUCGGCCUCGCAGUGGCGUUGAGAUGUGGAACUUCAGCGUGGGAACCUUUGAGCUGAAAUUCAUUCCUGAAACCCAGUCUACCCUCAACUUCCUGGAGGCAGAGAUUCCCGUCGGAGACAGGCUGAGGGGCAAGCGCAAGCUGAUCGACGAGGCCGACACUCACAUACACACGGACACAGACACGGACCUGGUCAUCAAGGUGUCCGUGCCCGACUGGAAGGUCAUGGCCUUCAGCACCAAGCCCGGCGGUCAGCUGAUCUGGGAGCACCAGUUCUGCACUCCGAUCGCUUCCGCCUGGUUGGUUGGAGGGGGGAAGGUGACGCCCAUCAGCCUGUUUGAUGACACGGCCUACACCACGCAGAGUGACGAGGAGAGACAGGAGGAGGAUGACGACAUCAUGGAGAAGGCUCGCGAAGCCACGGAGAGCAGUGUUUACCUAGGUAUGUACCAGGGGCAACUCUACCUGCAGUCCUCUGUGAGGAUCUCCGAGAAGUUCCCCUCUAAGCCCAAUAUUUUGGACGCCGCCAAACCCCAGCCUCUGCCCACAGUCCGAUGGAAGCCCCUUAUACAUUCACCAUCUCGUACUCCAGUGCUGGUUGGCUCAGAAGAGUUCGACAAGUGUCUGAACAACGACCGAUUUUCUCACGAGGAGUACAGCAAUGGUGCCUUGUCAGUGCUUCAGUACCCCUAUGAUAACGGUUACUACCCGUACAGCCCACGCUUCCGAGAGCGGCGGGAGGUGUCGGUGGGCACGUUGGCUGGCGGAGGUGAGGGGGGGUCCGGCAGGAGGAAGGACCCCGUGCUGCUGCUGCCCUGGUGGAAGGAGAUCGUGGGCACCAUCGUCUUCUGCAUCGCCGCCACCACCUACAUCGUCCGCAAGUUCUUCCACCCCACCAGCACGCAAGCACGGCAGAGGAAGGAGUCAGAGACUCAGUGUCAGACUGACAGCAAGUUUGAUGUUGAGGAACCAGAACCCAAAGAGGUGGUUGUCACGGAAACACGCCCGAGUGAAUACAUAUCCAGGUACCUGACUGACUUUGAGCCCCUUCAGUGCCUGGGACGAGGUGGGUUUGGGGUUGUGUUUGAAGCUCGGAACAAAGUGGACGACUGUCACUAUGCCAUCAAGAGGAUCAGACUCCCCAACAGGGAGGUGGCGCGUGAGAAGGUGAUGCGGGAGGUGAAGGCUCUGGCGAAGCUAGAGCACCCGGGCAUCAUCCGCUACUUUAACGCCUGGCAGGAGAGCCCACCUCAGGGCUGGCAGGAGGAGAUGGACACACGCUGGCUCAAAGACGCAAGUGUUGCCGAGAUCACGCUUAAGCCUGAACACCUGGAGCCGGUGUCUGUGAAGGUUCCGGUGUGGAGCUCGGAGCGCUCCGACCCGCUGUGCGUUCUGGAUUGGCUGCGACUUGCUCGAGGCUGUGCCCGCCCCGCUCCAUCUCCAUCCCCAUGGGCGCCGGGCUGGCUGGCGACUGCACCUCUUCCUUCUCGACAUCGCCUCUCUAAGACUGGCUGCCACGACAACCGCGAGGAGGACGAGGAGGAGGAAUCUGAACACCACGCCGUUAGCGCGCCAGCGGACUCCACAACCACGCUCCAUGACAAGGCAGCGUCGUCCGGCCAGCACACCCCCAGCUGCCCAGCCUCCACCUCGCCCCCCCGGCCCUCCUCGCUGGCCCUCAGACCCUCCACACCCCCCUCAGCCGCCUGUCGCUCCUGGCCACCCUUGCACACCUGUCUAGUCACAGGCUUCAGCUUCAGGAGGAGGGAUUGCUGCGCUGGAAAUGCUGACCUCGUCUUUAUGUCUGUGUGUGUACAUGUCUCUGUGUGUGUGCAGGUCUACCUAUACAUCCAGAUGCAGCUGUGCCGUAAGGAGAACCUGAAGGACUGGAUGGGCCAGCGGGUGGCGCCAGAGCUGCGCGAGCACAGCGAGUGCCUCAACAUCUUCCUGCAGAUCGCCGAGGCCGUCGAGUUCCUGCACAGCAAGGGCCUCAUGCACCGAGACCUGAAGCCGUCCAAUAUCUUCUUCACCAUGGACGACGUGGUGAAGGUGGGCGACUUCGGGCUGGUGACGGCCAUGGACCAGGAGGAGGAGGACCAGGAGGAGAUGACCCUCACACCCAUGCCAAGCUACGCUCGCCACACGGGCCAGGUGGGCACCAAGCUCUACAUGAGCCCCGAACAGUUAUCAGGGAACUCGUACUCUCACAAGGUGGAUAUUUACUCUCUGGGCCUGAUCCUGUUUGAGCUCCUUUGUCCGUUCCGCACACAGAUGGAAAGGGUCCGGACUCUGACUGAUGUGAGAGCUCUACAGUUUCCUGUCUCUUUCACCAAGAACAACGUCCAAGAGGCGGACAUGGUGCGCUCCAUGCUGUCGCCCAACCCUGCAGCGCGUCCAGAAGCGUCCGACAUCACCGACGCGCCGCUCCUCAACGAGUUUGAGCUGCCCUAG